CCCAUACAAAAACAACAAAAAACACCCACUAUGCCGCCCAAUCUCCACAACCUCCUCUCCUCCCUCCGCUCACCCAUAUUCAACACCAUCUCCAACCCCACCUCGGCUCGUAUGGGCACAAAAUACCUCAGACGACGUCUUCGAGGUCCUACCGUCGCUUCCUACUACCCCCAGCUCACAAACCCCUUCCCUAAACUCUCGCUUCUCAACAAGAACAUCCCGGAGAACCCUUUUGCUGGAUGGGACGGCAGAAAGCUCCCGUCAGUGAUUAAGACCAAGAAGGGCAAGGUGUUGUAUGAGAACAUUGAAUGGCAGAAUGAAGGGGCGAUGUUGAGGAAGGAUGAGGUCGUGGAGCGUGGAUUUGAAGAAGUGGCGAGGAGGAAGGGUUUGGGAUGGCUCGAGGAUCCUAUAGAGCAGAGGAGAAUAGUGAGGGUUGCGAGGAAGAAGCGAUUCGGCAAGGGUCCUCCCAAGAAGGGACAAGGAAGGAGGUCUCAGAUGAAGAAGAAGAAGUAGUAGUUGCAGUGCAUGGAGCUGUUAGGUGUUUUUGGCUUUUCAUAUGCAUCCAUUCCCCCCAUUCGCAAUCUCGGGCCUUCAUUGGGAAGCAUAUCGUUUCAUGACGGUCAUUAUGGCAUAAGAAUAUGGCAUAAAACGACGAUUGAUACUUUUAAUUUCCAACUGACAAUACUGUAGCAUACGUUUUCUCGACUUUUCGGAUAUCUUUUUGAAGCUUGGCCAACACCUUUCACAACUGCCAUCAGGCAUAUCACGCAUCUCUCCUCAUGCUGUUCAUCCUCCGGCCAAUCAUGGAUCUUUGCGACUCGAAUUCUUCUCUCGAGAUACGCCCGCUCAUACAGCGUGAUUGCAGGUUACUGUAACUGGUCAUAUCAUCCAGCGCUUGCCUCCACUCCCGUGCAGCACGCUCGAGUUGGGCAUUCUCCAAUUGGAGCCGAGAAUAUUUUUGGACAAGGUCAUUGUACGCCGUCUCGACGCACAUUAGAGUACUUUAUUCCUAGUCUAUCAGCGCUGUUCAUCCCACUCAUACUUGGUAAAAAAAAACGAUUGGCAACUCACGUGGUAUCCCUAUCCGUCUUUUCAGGCAACAUACAUCCCUCCAACCCUUGGGUUAAUGACAACAAACUCGUUUCUUCGGUAAAACCGUCCACGCCGCUUAUUGCAUCUGCUAAAUCACACAGGGAACCGGUUACGAUCUCUUCGUAAUCCUUAUAGCCUCCGGCAGUGAAACGAUUGGCUUCGUGAAGUGAUUCGAGGUUCGCUAGAGCACGGUCUCUAGCGGAAAAAGUUGAUACCUCUGCACGUUUUCCCAAGUCUUCUCCAUGGCUCGCGCGUGCCCUCUUACCGCCGUUGUCGGCCCCGUCGUCGUCCUCCCACGUAGCGGCCAUGAUCUUCUCAAAUAACGUCGCCUGUAAAUUAGCGGCCAGUCGCUGAUAAUUGAUGGUCGCGAUAUGCAUCGAUCCAUCGGGGUUCUGGGGACCGACGGUCGGGUCGACAGGUUUGGAGAAGGGUGUGGAACUCUGGCCCUCACUAUCCCCAGGAUUUCUGCCCGAUUGAGUGUCAUAAGAAGGAGCGAAAGUAGAAGGGAACGUCCAAGAUCGAGAAUGGGCAUAGUUCGCCCUCUUGGGGGAAUUGCCGACACCAGGGGCAAGCCUAAGAGAAGGAACUGGGGGAAAGGUAGGGAUAGUACCUGCCGUGUGCCGGUCGCCGGAACUUGGUCGAGCAUGCUGAAAGGGUAGGGAAGAACCAUCAGGUUCGGCACUGGAAUCAUAAUCCAGUGAGAGAUUGGGCAUAGGAGGGAAAAGAGUGCUGUUGGUGGAUCUGAAGGAUCCUUCCAAGUCUGGAGGGGCUUGAUAAGGGCUGCGGUGGGCAGACAUGAUGGGCUGGAUAUAUUUGAGAUCGGAAGCUGAAUCAACUAUUAAUGUGCUAUUUCUGAAUUAGAUUUACGACCAUUCACGGAUUCUACGUGUACCGAUUGUACCGGUCAGAGCUCAUUUUAUAAGAGCUCGUCAAAAAAAAAUCAUUCCGCUCCAUCGCAGAUAUGAGAUAACGCCUCUAAUCCU